AUGAGGACUAGUUUACCUCAGGUAGUAUGUAUGAGGGCAGAGAUGAGGACUAGUUUACCUCAGGUAGUAUGUAUGAGGGUAGAGAUGAGGACUAGUUUACCUCAGGUAGUGUGUAUGAGGGCAGAGAUGACUAGUUUACCUCAGGUAGUGUGUAUAAGAGCAGAGAUGAGGACUAGUUUACCUCAGGUAGUAUGUAUAAGGGCAGAGAUGAGGACUAGUUUACCUCAGGUAGUAUGUAUGAGAGCAGAGAUGAGGACUACUUUACCUCAGGUAGUAUGUAUGAGGGCAGAGAUGAGGACUAGUUUACCUCAGGUAGUGUGUAUGAGGGCAGAGAUGACUAGUUUACCUCAGGUAGUGUGUAUAAGAGCAGAGAUGAGGACUAGUUUUACCUCAGGUAGUAUGUAUAAGGGCAGAGAUGAGGACUAGUUUACCUCAGGUAGUAUGUAUAAGAGCAGAGAUGAGGACUAGUUUACCUCAGGUAGUAUGUAUGAGAGGGCAGAGAUGAGGACUAGUUUACCUCAGGUAGUAUGUAUGAGAGCAGAGAUGAGGACUAGUUUACCUCAGGUAGUAUGUAUGAGAGGGCAGAGAUGAGGACUAGUUUACCUCAGGUAGUAUGUAUGAGAGCAGAGAUGAGGACUACUUUACCUCAGGUAGUAUGUAUGAGGGCAGAGAUGAGGACUAGUUUACCUCAGGUAGUAUGUAUGAGGGCAGAGAUGAGGACUAGUUUACCUCAGGUAGUAUGUAUGAGGGCAGAGAUGAGGACUAGUUUACCUCAGGUAGUAUGUAUGAGGGUAGAGAUGAGGACUAGUUUACCUCAGGUAGUGUGUAUGAGGGCAGAGAUGACUAGUUUACCUCAGGUAGUGUGUAUAAGAGCAGAGAUGAGGACUAGUUUACCUCAGGUAGUAUGUAUAAGGGCAGAGAUGAGGACUAGUUUACCUCAGGUAGUAUGUAUGAGAGCAGAGAUGAGGACUACUUUACCUCAG